AUGGCCGACGACAUCGUUCGAGUUUCUCCCCAGAAACUCGCUUUACAACUUCGUAGCAGUCUCUCUUCCCUUAAACGUGACGUUGCUACAUCUUUUCGUCUUUGUAGUCGUGAUUUUAGUCUUUUGGGUAUCGAACUCGUGUCCGCAUUAGAGCGUGGACGACAUCGUGAGCGCGCAUCGACCGACGCUUUGGCUCAUGAACGCUCAGCUCGUGGCCUCUUGGAGACGAGAUUGGCUGAAUUACAGGGAAAUAUUCGUGUUUUGUGUCGUGUACGGCCCAUGCCGACGACUUGUACGGGCUCGAGCGAUGACGAGAGCGACGUGAGUCCCGACCGUCAUCGUCGGAAACGUGUCCAGGUCGAAUCAGCCCAAGAAUUGAGCGUCUUUUCGCCUGUGGAUGGGGCUUUAUACAAGAGUUUUACAUUCUCCCGUGUCUUCCAUGACCAUCACUCACAGUUGACAGUGUUUAAAGAAGUAGCACCUCUUGUACAUUCAGCCAUUGCAGGUCAUCACGCGUGUGUAUUUGCAUACGGACAGACGGGCGCAGGAAAAACGUAUACAAUGCAAGGAUCAGAGACUGAUCAAGGACUCUAUUAUCGAGCUGCUGAAGUGAUUUACACGACAGUAGCACAGCAACAACAUGUAUAUGAUUUUCAAGUACAGAUACAAAUGGUGGAGAUUUACAAUGAAGAAAUUUAUGACCUAUUGGUCCAGUCAAGUGGAAGUAAUAGUAGUACUAUUAUGACAAGUACUACGGCUACAGGUGGAUCGCCUAGUGGCUGUCAUGUUGGUGCUACUAGUAUGUGUGGUAAUGUGGCCAGUACUCUAUCAUCAUCAUUGACGGGGGAGAUUCGACAUGGAGAGAAUGGAGUCUAUUUGAAGAAUAUCCAGUCAAUUACUGUAUCAAGUGCUAAGGAACUUCAUGAUGUUGUAGCUCGAAGCAGCGCCAGUCGCACGGCGGCUAAGAACGGCCGGAGCAAUCGUUCUCAUACAAUAUUGAUGAUGGAUAUUCGACGAACGAGCAAAGCAAAUGGAGAAACAGAUGCAGGAAGAUUAGUUCUCGUGGACUUGGCUGGCUCGGAGAGACUCUCGAAGACAGUGGACACCCCCGCAUUGACUGUGCGUGAAUCGCAACACAUUAACAAAUCAUUGGCAGCAGUCGGUGACGUGUUGUCAGCAUUGCUUGCAAAGGAGAAACACAUUCCGUUCCGGAACUCGAAGCUCACGCAUUUGUUGCAGGAUUCACUGAGUGGUAGUGCCAACCGUACGCUUCUUCUUGUGCACGUGAGCCCCACAAGCGCAGAUGUAAAUGAAACCAUCAAUUCUCUCAAGUUUGCGUCACGUGUGAGCCAUGUUAAGUUGGGAAAGCCACAACGUACUGAGCGCGCCGAGAUCACACGGCUGAAUGGGGUGGUUGCCAACCAAGUUUCCCAGAUUCAGGCCCUCCAAGAAAAACUGACUGCAGAACUAGAGCUGCGAAAGAAGUACGAGAAACGACUGGCAGAGUAUCGCCACGAGGGACACCGCCGUAGAUCUAAAGGUGAUGAGGCUAGGCGGAUUUUACAGCAGCUGCAGACUCCGUCACCGCCAAAACUGCCGCCUCCGGUCUCUGCACGAAGGUGGAGUCUAUACACGCGAAAAGCCAACGAUGAAGGGCUGAAUGGUAUCGAGAACGUCGCCGAAAAUAUUCUGCGCGGCAAUGAAUCAUCGCCGGAAACUGCAGAGGUCAGGAUGACAAGUAAUGGCAAGCCGAGUGGAAUCUCCCCUCCGACAAAUUUCUCGCGGCGGCUCAGCUUGUCCGCCUUGGAUCAAAAGGUUGGGGACCCUGCGAAAACUCAGAAAAGGAAGCGAUCGUCAGCAUCCGAGAAAGUUCGAAGUAUUCUGAAGAAGCAGCGUGGAACCGAAGACAACGUCAUCGCACUUGGAGUAGAUGGUUCAAGUGGCGAUAACACUACAAUGACGCCAAAGCAGGUCUCAUUUGAUUUGUCUCGAGCAGUUAUCGGAUCAUCAUCUUCGUCGCUGCCCUCUCGUGAGCUUAACACGGCUGGCGUGCCUCGGGUUCCUGCCAGUGGAGCGGUGCGGGUUCUUGCAGCAACCCGGACUAUAUCGGGAGUGUUGCCAACGAGGGUCCCAUUAACUCCCGGAAAACGUUCCAAGUCAAAGUCGAUCGGAUGGCGGUAA